CAAACUUUCAUGGAUUACUGAAACUUUGAGAGAUUUUUUUGCCUCUAAAAUAGUGACGAAGAAUUUUUUCUACAAGUCAUUUUCUUUUUUCUCACACUCAACGCAAACAUGUCACGCUGCAUCUUCGUAAUCAGUGCACUGGUUUUGAUGGCGGCAACUUCCUCGUAUUGCAUGAAUGUUCUGAAAGUUUUGCCAGAAAAUCGAGUAUCUCCCAUGCAACAAUGUCGUGAUCGCAAGCUUGGAUAUUUCGUUGGAGUUUGCCAGCCCGAGAAUCCAGCAGAUAUGUGCGAGAGCCUGAAGUGUGGUUCGAACCGAGGAGAUAUUCCGGAUGCAGAAGACAUUGGAAAGGCGUUCGCUGGUACCUGGUGCGGACCGAAAAAGAUGUGCUUCAUGGGAUCUUGCAUUGAAGAUACAAAAGAGCGAGAAAACCCUUUCGACAAGGAGGAAGGUCUGGCAUGCAUGGAGUGACGUUUACGAUAAAACGCGCCACUUCGAAAUUUUAUUAUUUAUUUAGCGAACUUAGUCGUCGAUACACGGAGAAAACGGAUUCGUUUUGUAUAGUGAGGAAUAUAUUAUUUUUCAAGAAUUUUAAAAGUAU